AUGCCUGUUGCGGAUGAACGGCUCCCUUAUGGUGAUGGUGCCUUCAAAGUAUUUGGCAUGGAGAAUUUUGGCAAUACUUGUUACUGCAAUUCAAUACUACAAUGCUUAUACUACACCGAAUCAUUUCGUACAAAUUUGAUCCAGCACAACCAGACCCAACACGAACCGAAGUUGGUGGUCAAUGGAAUAAAGUUUCAUGGGUUUACGACAAAGUAUGACCAAUUGUUACAAAAGAAGUUGAAAGAACAAGGCGCUGUACUGUCCACGCCGAACGACGAGAGACCGAAACUGAGUCGAAAAGGAUCCCUAUUUGGUAUUAAGUUCAAUAAUCAAUCGAGUACACCUACCACAUUCGUCGAGCAACGAAAUGAAUACAUUGAUGAAGCGGGAAAUUGUGAAGCUCUACCACUAGAACAACGAAUCUUAAUCAAUAGGUGCCCAGAAUUUCUGAAAUUGGAGAUGAUGAUUACUAGACCAAUUGUCAGCACUACUAGUCAUGUUACUGGACUGACAAAUGGGAGUGCUGCUUCCAUGUCCAAUUCAAAUACUGGUGUCAGUUUGAAUAAUGGGUCGAGCAAUACUUCUGUGACCAGUGCUACUAACCCGAACAAGGCUGACUAUUCACAGAGCUCAUCAAUGUUGUUAAAUGAUCAACCACUACAAACUACUCAAGAAGGAUCAAUAAAUAGCAAGUCAAGUGCAAUCAUCGUGGGAAUCCCCAAACCAGAAGCAAUUUUGGUCAAUCCAAUCAAUCCAUUCAAUGCAAAUCCCAGCGCCGACCAAAGAAAACGAUCGGCCUUGAUCAACGGACCAAUUAUCAACUUAGACACCUCACUACAAAUGCCAAGUGAACAAAGGGAUGAAACAGCUUUGCUUUAUGCUCUAAAAGACUUAUUCGAAAGCAUGGUUGAGAACAAAUCACCAAUUGGAGUUGUUUCACCAACAUAUUUUAUAACGAAGCUAAAAGAUAAGAAUUACUUGUUCCGACAAAACAAUAUGCAUCAUGAUGCACACGAGUUUUUCAACUAUCUAAUCAAUGAAAUCAUCGAGAGUCUCACCAAGGAGCUUCCUGAUCCAACAAGAAAUUGGUGUAAUGAUAUAUUUCAGGGAAUAAUCACUAAUGAGACAAAAUGUUUAUCAUGCGAGACAGUGACGUCAAAACAUGAGUUUUUUUUAGACUUGUCCAUUGAUAUCCCACCAGGUGAAAGUGCAUAUUCAUUAAACUUUGCCAUCAAUAACUUUUCCAAACUGGAAACAUUGACAAACCAAAACAAAUUCCAUUGCAAUACUUGCUCUUCCUUACAAGAAGCAGUGAAAACAAUCAAAGUAAAGAAACUACCACAAGUAUUGGUCAUAAAUCUCAAACGAUUCAAGUAUGAUGAACAAAUGGAUAAAAUGGUGAAACUAUUUGACUCAAUCAGUUAUCCGUUCAGGCUUCGUUUAUUCAACACCACUGAAGAUGCCAACCAAAAUAUCCUUUACGAUUUGUAUGCGUUGGUUAUUCAUAUUGGUGGUGGGCCAAUGCAUGGACAUUAUGUUUCAAUCUGUAAAAUCAAAGCUGGCCUUUGGUUAUUAUUUGAUGACGAAACAGUAGAAUUGGUCGAGGAUAAUUUUGUAAUGAGGUUUUUCGGUAAUGGGCCAGGUUUAGCCAGUGCAUAUAUUUUAUUUUAUCAAAGGGUUGAAUUCGAUAAAGCCUCAGAACACUUUGGAUUUAAUGUUUCAACACUAUAUAAUGGUAAUGAUUAUCAAGUUCCUGUUCAUUCUUCGUCUAAUAGCACAGAUGAGGAAUCGAAGGCAACCGCGGUUCCGGAAACGGAUACCAAAUCGGACAUAUCAUCAAUCAAUUCAUUUGUGGUACCACCAGAAACCAACAGGAAACCGUCGUUAACCUCUGGUGGUAUGUUCAAAAGCUUCAAGUUUGAGAAAGAUGAUAAACAGCAACAAUCUUUAUCACGAAGUAGUAGUUCUGGUCUUCCAGCAAAAAAGGAACCACAAGUUAAAGAACCAAAAGAAAAGAAAUCUUGGGUGGGUAGUUUGAAACGUGGUGGUCUUGAACGGAAAUUGUCACUAAAGAAUACAUCAGUGAGUGAAGAAAGCAAUGGUAACGCAGCACCUUCUUCGUCGGCUGCCUCCACGACACCCGUGCCAGCUCCUGUAUUAGAAAAGAGGCGAAGCUUAUUUGGGUUCAAAAAGAAGAGCUCAUCUUAA